UUUUUCCGCAUUCUGCAGCUAAAGCACCCUAGCCCAAACACUUCUCUCUGCUCUCAUAUUUGUUUUUUAUAACGAUCAGACGUACAAAGUGAACUAUAUACGAAAAGGCAACUAUGUCCUCUAUAAUGUUUGAAUAGCUAAUAUAUGCUGUCAGACGCUACAAAGGUUCUGAAUCUUGGUUUUGAAUUUUGGUUCUGUACGCAGAGCUGGUGUCCUGCACGCUGCUGGUACACAACAAACAGAAUGCUUAAAAAACUCACGAACGAACGGCGAGAGAAAAAGGAGAACAUGGAUUAUACAGCUGCCCUGGGUCCUGGUGCAAAAAAUGAGGAGCGCUUGAGGGAGAAGAGAGAACACUGCGAUACAUAUUGCAGUCAACGUAAAGAUAAUCAGAGGGAAGCCCCAAUCACGUGACAAAGGAGCCCAUGCCAUUGGACAAGGCCCUCAUAGUUUAAAAUCUUCACAAUGCAGAAAGCCACUUACUAUGAUAACGCUGGACUUUUUGGAGGAUACUCAUACCCUAAGUCUGAUUCCUACGCGUAUGGGCCUGCACAUCAAUCCUACCCCCCCUCCAGCAUCGAUAAUGACUAUCAGGGCCCUAUUUGCUCCAUUCAGAAUACCGCGGUCCGGCCGCCGGCGCACAAAAACAGUGACAUCAAUGGCAGCUGCAUGCGACCAAGUGGCAGCCAGGGCAGCCAACCAGAGAGUGUGGGCGACCAGCAAGCGCCUCCUUUAGCAGCCACCUCGCCCAACCCGAACAGUACCACCACCCAGAAAAAGAAAUCUGCUAACAACAAUGGCUCCAACACUGCCACUCCAGUCAUCACCAAGCAGAUAUUCCCUUGGAUGAAAGAAACUCGCCAAAACGCAAAACAAAAAAACACCAACUGCACAGCUCCAGGAGACACCUGCGAUGACAAGAGUCCACCUGGACCGGCCUCCAAGCGGGUACGCACUGCCUACACCAGCGCCCAGCUCGUAGAACUCGAGAAGGAGUUUCACUUCAACCGCUAUCUGUGCCGUCCCAGACGAGUAGAGAUGGCUAAUCUACUCAAUCUAACCGAGCGCCAAAUAAAGAUUUGGUUUCAAAACAGGAGGAUGAAAUACAAAAAGGAUCAAAAAUCUAAGGGCAUAAUGCACUCCCCCCUAGGACACUCUCCGGACAGAAGCCCGCCAUUAAGCGGCCCCAAUCACGUUGGAUAUUCUGGUCAACUUCCAAAUGUGAACAGUCUCAGUUACGACGCACCAUCGCCGCCGUCCUUUGCAAAGCCCCAGCAAAACAUGUACGGUCUGGCCGCCUACACGGCGCCAUUGGGUGGAUGUCUACCACAACAGAAAAGGUACCCAGGUACAGAGUAUGAUCACCACAGCAUGCAAGGAAACGGAAGCUUUGCCAAUGCCAAUUUGCAAGGGAGCCCCGUGUACGUCGGUGGGAAUUUCGUUGAUUCUAUGCCAGCCUCUGGCCCUAUGUUCAACCUCGGCCAUCUUCCUCACCCCUCAUCCGCCAGUGUGGACUACAGCUGUGCGGCUCAGAUUCCGGGCAACCACCAUCAUGGACCGUGUGACCCUCACCCCACAUACACAGACCUCACCUCUCACCACGCUUCUCAGGGAAGGCUGCAGGAAGCGCCGAAGCUCACGCAUUUGUAAGGAUUUCGUGUGUGUGUGCCCAAGCGAAGUGUCGCUUUUUAUUACCUCACAAGUUAAAAAAAAGUAAUUUAUAUAACUACACUUCGAGAGAGACAUACCGUAUUACCCCUGUAUUAUUAUUGAUAUUACUAUUACUACUAUGACUGUAAUUAUUUUAAGCUGUGGUCCAUUUCUCUUGACUGUUGAAGAUGAACAAGAGCGUUUGUUGUCGAUCAAAAGUGCGUAAUAUGAAGGGGAUUUCAUAUCUUAUUACUUGAAGGUAAGUCCUGUAGAUUUUACAGUAUUAGACACCCAUCUUUCUAGGGAUGGAAUUUGUAGGGAAAAAAAUCAUUGCCAUUGUUAAUUCGUCUUAGUCAUUGGUACCUAUGGAUCUGUUCACACGCAAAGUGUCACUAUUAUUUAUUUUUUUCUAAGAGUGUAUGAAAACAUUUAUCUAAUAAGUAUUUAUUAUUUAUCGGUUUUUGUACGGCACAUUAUUUAUCUUUUCCUGUGGACUAUUUAUAUGGACUAUUGUAGACUCUUUAUGCAUCAUUACUGAGCAGAGUACGUGGGCUUGGUCAUCACAUACAAAGUGAUGGUAAGUGAUGGGGAUGUCUUUAAACAUUUGUAUGAUUCACUGCAAGCGAGAACCCGGCACUUGACACCAUUUUCUUUUUUUGUGGGAAAUGCAUAUAUGCUAGGCUUAGAAUAGAAGCACCAGCACGUUAUUUUCACAUCUUUGCCCCAUCACCCUUAACAAAUGUUAUUUUGUAAGUAAACAGUCCACACACAAAUUAACAAAAUGGUAACGAUAUGGAAAUGUUAUAUUUUGUUGUGUUAUACAUUUUGUAAAUAAAGUGCUUAAACUAA